AUGGCUUCCCCAGAUGCUGCCCCGCUGUCGAUGACUCGACCUGAAUCUAAGGAUGACUCCAAGGACGACGAGAAGGACCUUGGAAUCGAACCAGUAACCACAACUGAGAUGGGGCAUUCGGACGAGUACACGGAGGAGGAUUACAAGAAGUUGACGCGGAAGAUUGACCGAUAUCUCAUUCCAACCAUGUCAGCUUGGUCUGCUCGACGUAUCACCCGUAUUCAUGCUAAUGCCAACAGUAGGUUCUUCAUGUAUGGCAUCCAACAGACCGACAAGACGUCCAUUAGUAUUCAGGCGCUUUUCGGCAUGAACACCGAACUGGGACUACAUGGGCAGCAGUACCAGUGGUUGACAACCAUCUUUUACAUCACGUACCUUGUCGGCGAGUUUCCGUCGACCUGGCUGCUGCAGCGAUAUAACCUCGGCCGUGUCCUGACCGCGUACAUGGUUGGUUGGUCCAUCUGCCUCCUUUGUAUCAGCGCUUGCAACAAUUGGACGCAGUUGAUGGCGCUUCGCGCCCUUCAGGGCUUCUUCGAAUGCAACAUCUCUCCUGGCUUCCUCCUGAUUACUGGCGCAUGGUACCGCACGUCUGAACACGCCCAGCGCUCCUUGUUCUGGCAAUCUUCGCAAGGAUUCUUCACAAUAACUUGUAACCUGAUUUUGUACGGAAUUGCCCGACAUGCUGUGGCCAAGGGCGACAUUGCAGCCUGGCGCACUAUUUCCCUCUUCCUUGGAGGGCUCACCCUCGUCGGAUCCAUCUUUUGUUAUUUUGUCCUUGGGAUGCCCCAAAAUGUCCCGUGGCUGACCGAAACAGAGAAGAGAAUGGCAAUCGCGCGAGUCAGCCAGAACCAAAUUGGAGAGGAAACCGCCAACAAGGCAUGGAAUUGGGAUCACGUCCGGGAGUGCUUCAAGGAUCCCCAGGUGUAUUUCGGCUUUUUCAAUACUUUUCUAGCAUGUAUACCCAACGGGGGUAUUACCACCUUCAGCUCCCUCCUCUACGUCACAUUCGGUUUCGACACAUGGCAAUCUAUGCUUUGGGGCCUACCCCGUAAUGCUAUUUACGUUAUCGUCUUCAUCCUUGUCGCCUGGUACCUUCGGAAAUUCCAAAAUCAGCGCAUGUUCAUCAUGAUAAUUUCAUGCAUAUUACCUUUUGUUGGUAUGCUAGUGAUGUCUCUGAUGCCAAACACACCCGAGCACAAAUGGCUCAAAUGGGGCAUGUUUGACAUCACUGUGGUCUUCUCUCUAUCCCUGUUCCUCGGAUGGAGUUUGAUUACCUCAAAUAUUGCAGGGACGACGAAGAGAACAGUUGUUUCUUCCAUGACACUGAUUGCAUACUGUGGUGGGAAUAUGGUCGGUGCUCAGGUUUUCCAAACCAAAGAUGCCCCUCGAUAUGUGGGUGGCACAAUCGCGUGCUCUGCCUGCUUCGGUCUUCAAAUCCUAGUCAUCAUCUGCUGGAGGCUUUGGUACAUGAGAGAAAAUAGACGCCGCGACCGGGCUCUGGCUGAGAGUGACAUCUGUGAGGAAGAACAAAAGCGGCUCGGCAGUGAGAUGGGAAGGCGGGAUACGACAGAUUUGAAGAAUCCUUACUUCAGGUACGCCAUGUGA